GCUUGAAAUUAGGCCCAGCUUCAAUUCAUUCAUUCGAAAAUUAGUACCCUAGGAACCUAUCGGUUUCGCACGAGUAUAUAAAGUAUAGGAAUCCAUCGUCUUCGUUGUUGGCCCCCGUUGGAGUUCGUCGUUCUUCGUCUGUGAAGAUCUGUGCUGCUGUAACAUUAUCAGGAGCAUCACACAGCCGCCUCCGUCCACGCCGCCGCAGCAGCCAUGGGUCGAAUGCACAGUCGCGGUAAAGGUAUCUCCUCUUCGGUAACUCCUUACAAACGAACUCCUCCUGCUUGGCUGAAGACCACCGCUCAGGAAGUGGAGGAGAGUAUAUGUAAGUUUGCCAAAAAGGGAACAACACCUUCACAGAUUGGUGUUCUUCUGAGAGAUUCACAUGGAAUUGCUCAAGUGAAGAGUGUAACCGGUAGCAAAAUUCUCCGCAUCCUUAAGGCUCACGGGCUGGCUCCUGAGAUACCAGAGGAUUUGUACCAUUUGAUUAAGAAGGCAGUUGCAAUUAGGAAGCACUUGGAGAGGAAUAGGAAGGACAAAGACUCAAAAUUUCGCCUGAUUCUCGUUGAGAGCAGAAUUCAUCGCCUUGCACGCUACUACAAAAAAACCAAGAAGCUCCCCCCUGUCUGGAAAUAUGAGUCAACCACUGCCAGCACCUUGGUUGCUUAAACUGUAGAUAGCUUGUACGUUCUGAAAUGAUGAGUAGGAACCUGAGCUAUUAUAGUUUAUCAAUGGUAAUGUUUAUUCACAGUUUGUGAUUUUGAGAAGCAUAUCCUUCAGUGUAUCCCCUCUUUUUGAGGAAGUUUACGAGAUUUAUUAUGUCAGAAACGAGCUAAUUUUGAUUUUGAUAUAUUAAUGCACAAUUCAAGAUUUUGUUUUGCUUAUGUCUGAACAUGUAUGUCUAUUUUAGCAUGUAUAAGCAUAUCAUAUACUAUUGUCCUAUCUCUUCCAUAUUAUCCAGUCCAUAUAGUUGAGCUAGAGUUGAAAAAUACUGCUGAGUAUCUCUUAAUCUCUGCAAUCUGCAUAAGCGUGUUAUAGGUUUUGUUCACCUAAAAUCUGAUGUAGACCCUCAUCCAUAACCUUGUUGGUUUUUAUUUAACACAUUUUAAUAAAUCAAGAUGUUAGUAUGUUACGGGUAAUUUCCAGGUUUAGCAAAUUCGACCUGGAUCGAAUUGAUCCCACCCUACUUGACGAGCUGGUCUACUCAACUCGGUUUAGAAUCUUUUUAUGCUGAGCUGAUCUUGGGUCUCCCAUAUUUUUGGUGAAGCGGCCGGUCUCGGCCUGGAAUUGGCCCAUGACUGGGUAGGAUCCACGCCUAGUGUGAAGUGUGCCUAGUGUGAAGUGUGCGUGACGGGCUAUCUGAUUUUAGCACCAACAAAGAACCACUCAAAAAGAAAAAAAAAAGAGUAGAUGAGACUGGUACCUAUAAUGGUUUGACUAUGCCUACAAGUACUCAAAUGAAUCUGUUUCAAGGCUUUAGAAUUUGCUAGAUCAAACUUCUCAAACUAGACCAACAACAUCACAUAAAGCUCUGAUAAAUAACUAUUGUCAAUGAGUAGGAGGAUUUACUAGCAGAUCUUCUUGAUCACAUGAGAACUUUGCUAAUGGACCUUUGCUCAUAAACCCCUUUUACCUUUUAGAAAGAGGAUUUAGGUUAAUAUAUUAGACUCAUUGACUGGUGAAAAUCGUGAGUUUUCCUUCAUUGUUGAAAGAUGUAUAUACCAAGAGCGGAAGUUAAGAGGAAAUGACUAUGCUACGAAAGAUGUAUAUACCCAGAACGGAAGUUGAGAGGAUAUGACUGAUGUACUAUAUGAAGAUUAGAUCAACAAACUAUGGAGAUAUGUGAACAUAUGAUUUUACUGAGCAAAGGAAGUGAUGCACAAAGUUGCACUUGAUAGCAAUAUAUGAAGAAUGUAGAAUAUGUAGUUUAUUUAAUUAAACUUUUUGCUCAAUUGUUAUUUAUUACUCAAGAUAGCAUUUAAGAUAACAAUAAUAGCAUAAAUAAUUUGGCAAAAUAAUAUUUAAUUAUAGUAACAUAUGAGUAUAUUCAGGGUGUUUUGGAAUUGAUUCUGCUUCUGCUUUUUCUAUAAAAACAGAAGCAAAAUACGAAUCAUCCAUAAAUACUUUUACACUUUUACCCAAACAUUUUAAUAUUUGUUAUUGCUCUCUGAAUGAGCAAAAACAAUUUUAAGUAGUACUGUCAUCAAAGACGCUCAACAUCAGCGACCUUUGCCAAACAAAACUAGGUGAUGACCCAAGAGCCUCGAGGAGAACGGCCAGCGUAGACCGAGCAGAACUCUGUCGUUGUGCCUAUUAGGCACCGGAAUUUGAAGACUAGGGGACACUCGUCCAGGCCCCUUGGCGGGAAAGCAAGAUAUUGGCAGGAAACACAUUUAAUGCAGUACAUUUGGUGGUUGGCAAGCUAGCCACUCAAGAACCUCCACAACAUCACUAGAAUCUACCCCUUAGUAGUAUAAAUAAUAGUAUUUAUUUUAUAGUUAGGGGUUGACAAUUUGUAUUCUCUAGCAAUAACAAUUAUUCCCUCUUACUCCUUGCUCAGAUUAGACGAUCGGCCUAGCGGGCUCAUAGUAGAGUGUGCUAUAACAAACCCUUAUUAUUGAUUAAUAAGAUAC